UCUGUCUGAUAUUAAAACAGAAGAUACAGAGGGAGAAGAAGAGACGUAUGUGACUGAUAUGAAGGCAGAAGAUACAGAGGGAGAAGAAGAGACGUAUGUGUCUGAUAUGAAGGCAGAAGAUAUAGAGGGAGAAGAAAAGAUGUAUGUGACUGAUAUGAAGGCAGAAGAUGUAGAGGGAGAUGAAGAGACGUAUGUGACUGAUAUGAAGGCAGAAGAUAUAGAGGGAGAAGAAGAGACGUAUGUGACUGAUAUGAAGGCAGAAGAUAUAGAGGGAGAAGAAGAGACGUAUGUGACUGAUAUGAAAGCAGAAGAUAUAGAGGGAGAAGAAGAGACGUUUGUGACUGAUAUGAAGGCAGAAGACAUAGAGGGAGAAGAAGAGACGUUUGUGACUGAUAUGAAGGCAGAAGAUAUAGAGGGAGAAGAAGAGACGUAUGUGGCUGAUAUGAAGGCAGAAGAUACAGAGGGAGAAGAAGAGACGUAUGUGACUGAUAUGAAGGCAGAAGAUACAGAGGGAAAAGAAGAGACAUAUGUGACUGAUAUGAAGGCAGAAGAUACAGAUGGAGAAGAAGAGACGUAUGUGACUGAUAUGAAGGCAGAAGAUACAGAUGGAGAAGAAGAGACGUAUGUGACUGAUAUAAAGGCAGAAGAUAUAGAUGGAGAAGAAGAGACGUAUGUGACUGAUAUGAAGGCAGAAGAUAUAGAUGGAGAAGAAGAGACGUAUGUGACUGAUAUGAAGGCAGAAGAUAUAGAGGGAGAAGAUGAGACGUAUGUGAGGGGUGAUCAGCAGUGUACGGAGGAGGAGAUCCCUACAGAUAUCAGCACAGCAGAUGGACACACAAGCAUGAAUAUCUCAGAAGGACAUCUAAUGUUAUCCCCGGAUUGUGAAAUAAAAGAUAAUGACAGCAGUCAGGAUUCUCCAGGAGAUAACCCCAUUACCCCAAUUAUAUAUCCAGCUCUAUCAGCUGAUCCCUCUGAUCCUGGGAAAUGUUCUCCUGAUCACUCUGAUAUUGGUGCAUCUGUUACAGCUUUGACAGUAGAUACAGUGUUUCCCUGUUCUAUAGAUGCCAAAUGUUUUACACAGAACACAAACCUUAUUACCCUUCAACCACCUAUGGCAGAUGAGAGGCCAUUUCCAUGUUCUGAGUGUGGAAAAUGUUUUACAUGGAAAUCACAUCUUGUUAUACAUCAGAGAAGUCACACAGGUGAGAGGCCAUUCCCAUGUUCUGAGUGUGGGAAAUGUUUUACACGGAAAUCACAUCUUGUUACACAUCAGAUAAGUCACACGGGUCAGAAUCCAUUUUCCUGCUCUGAGUGUGGGAAAUGUUUUUCAAUUAAGUCAUAUUUUGUUGCACAUCAGAGAACUCACACAGGUGACAGGCCAUAUCCAUGUUCUGAAUGUGGGAAAUGUUUUCAAGUGAAAUCAUAUCUUUUUAGACAUCAGAGAAGUCACACAGGUGAGAGGACACUUUCAUGUUCUGAGUGUGGGAAAUGUUUUAAUGAGCAAUCAAAUCUUGUUAGACAUGAGAGAAUACAUACAGGUGAGAAACCAUAUUCAUGUUCUGAGUGUAAGAAAUGUUAUACUGACAAAUCAUCUCUUGUUACACAUCAGAGAAGUCACACAGGUGAGAAUCCAUUUCCAUGUUCUGAGUGUGGGAAAUGUUUUACAUACAAAUCACAACUUGUUACACAUCAGAGAAGUCACACAGGUGAGAAUCCAUUUCCAUGUUCUGAGUGUGGGAAAUGUUUUACAUACAAAUCACAACUUGUUACACAUCAGAGAAGUCACACAGGUGAGAAGCCAUUUCUAUGUUCUGAGUGUGGGAAAAGUUUUGCACAGAAAUCCGAUCUUGUUAAACAUCAGGGAAGUCACACAGGUGAGAAACCAUUUCCAUGUUCUGAGUGUGGGAAAUGUUUCACACAGAAAUCAUAUCUUGUUAUACAUCAGAGAAAUCACACAGGUGAGAGGCCAUUUCCAUGUUCUGAGUGUGGGAGAAGUUUCACACAGAAAUCAGAUCUUAAUAAACAUCAGAGAAGUCACACAAGUGAGAGGCCAUUUCCAUGUUCUGAGUGUGGGAAAUGUUUUACACAGAAAUCACAUCUUGUUACACAUCAGAGAAGUCACACAGGUGAGAAACCAUUUACAUGUUCUGAGUGUGGGAAAUGUUUUACACAGAAAUCAGAUCUUGUUACACAUCAGAGAAGUCACACUGGUGAGAAUCCAUUUCCAUGCUCUCAGUGUGGGAAAUGUUUCACACAGAAAUCAAAUCUUGUUACACAUCAGAGAAGUCACACAGGUGAGAGACCAUUUCCAUGUUCUGAGUGUGGGAAAUGUUUUAUAAGGAAAUCACAUCUUGUUACACAUCAGAGAAGUCACACAGGUGAGAGGCCAUUUCCAUGUUCUGAGUGUGGGAAAUAUUUUACACUGAAAUCACAUCUUGUUACACAUCAGAGAAGUCACACAGGUGAGAGGCCAUUUCCAUGUUCUGAGUGUGGGAAAUAUUUUACACAGAAAUCAGAACUUGUUACACAUCAGAGAAGUCACACAGAUGAGAGGCCAUUUCCAUGUUCUGAUUGUGGGAAAUGUUUUACAUACAAAUCACGUCUUGUUAUACAUCAGAGAAGUCACACAGGUGAGAAGCCAUUUUCUUGCUCUGAGUGUGGGAAAUGUUUUUUACAGAACUCACACCUUGUUAGACAUCAGAGAAGUCACACAGGUGAGAAGCCAUUUUCUUGCUCUGACUGUAGGAAAUGUUUUACACGGAAAUCACAACUUGUUACACAUCAGAGAAGUCACUCAGGUGAGAAUCCAUUUCCAUGUUCUGAGUGUGAGAAAUGUUUUGCACACAAAUCAUAUCUUGUUAUACAUCAGAGAAGUCACACAGGUGAGAAGCCAUUUUCUUGCUCUGAGUGUGGGAAAUGUUUUUUACAGAACUCACACCUUGUUAGACAUCAGAGAACUCACACAGGUGAGAAGCCAUUUUCUUGCUCUGACUGUAGGAAAUGUUUUAUACGGAAAUCACAACUUGUUAGACAUCAGAGAAGUCACACAGGUGAGAAUCCAUUUCCAUGUUCUGAGUGUGAGAAAUGUUUUGCACACAAAUCAUAUCUUGUUGCACAUCAGAGAAGUCACACAGGUGAGAAUCCAUUUCCAUGUUCUGAGUGUGGGAAAUGUUUUGCAUACAAAUCAGCUCUUGUUCUACAUCAGAGAAGUCACACAGGUGAGAAGCCAUUUUCUUGCUCUGAGUGCGGGAAAUGUUUUACCCUGAAAUCAAAUCUUGUUACACAUCAGAGAAGUCACACAGAUGAGAAUCCAUUUCCAUGUUCUGAGUGUGGGAAAUGUUUUGCAUACAAAUCAGAUCUUGUUAAACAUCAGAGAAUUCACACAGGUGAGAAUCCAUUUCCAUGUUCUGAGUGUGAGAAAUGUUUUGCACACAAAUCAAAUCUUGUUGCACAUCAGAGAAGUCACACAGGUGAGAAUCCAUUUCCAUGUUCUGAGUGUGGGAAAUGUUUUGCACACAAAUCAGAUCUUGUAAAACAUCAGAGAAUUCACACUGGUGAGAAGCCAUUUUCUUGCUCUGAGUGUCGGAAAUAUUUUACCCAGAAAUCACAACUUGUUACACAUCAGAGAAGUCACACAGGUGAGAAGCCCUUUGCAUGUUCUGAGUGUGGGAAAUGUUUUGCACACAAAUCAAAUCUUGUUACACAUCAGAGAAGUCACACAGGAGAGAAUCCAUUUCCAUGUUCUGAGUGUGGGAAAUGUUUUGCACACAAAUCAGAUCUUGUUAAACAUCGGAGAAUUCACACAGGUGAGAAGCCAUUUUCUUGCUCUGAGUGUGGGAAAUGUUUUUCACACAAAUCACAACUUGUUGCACAUCAGCGAAGUCACACAAGUGAGAGGCCAUUUCCAUGUUCUGAUGAAUAAGCUCUUGUUGCACACAAUG